UUGUGUACUAGCACUUUAGCGGCAAACUUCAAUCGUGCGCCUAAUGCAGUGCACGUGUAAUUUGGAUUAAUUAAAACAUAGCUGUGUGACAGCAAAUAAAGUGAAGCGGUUUUCGCAUGCUAAUCAAUCAUUUAAAAAUCCACUUGAAAUGUAGAUAUGUUUAAAUAAAUUUUCACACUAAAUGAUUUGUUAUUACACUUUGUUUGUUAUUGGAAAUAUUAAAAUCAAUAUAUCUACAUGUCUGCAAAUACACUGAGCCCCUUGAGUAGGGGCUAUGGCUCAUGGACAGCAGGAUAUGUGGACCCUUAUUUUACAGGAAAAGGGUAUGAAGAAAACAACAAACUGGACAGACACUCACCCUUUCCGGAGGUAGAGCAGGAGUCUCACAUCCAUGGCGUCACAGUCAGUACGCGGUCAGGACGCUCAACGUCCAUGUCCUGGGUCCCGAGCCACAGAUCUCGGGAACCGACCAACGAUGGAAUUCCCCUGCCUAAGACGCUUACUACGCGCACAGGGGCACUGCAGAUCUACGUUGCCCCGGACGAUUUACCGGAUGAAGAUUUACCGGCAGAAGGUUUGGAGUUGCAGCCAAAGUAUGUGCAGAUCAAACGUCCGUCCGGUAAGGAGCUGAUUGAUCUCAGUCUGAAGCUGGGAACCAUCGAGCGACUCACUAAGUCUGUCCUGCAGUUCGGGGACCAGGAGUAUGACCAUGAGCACACAAGCAUCACGGACACCAAGAACAAGUCAUUCCUGAAGUUCAUGCGCAGCAUUGACAACGAGACACAGCCUGCGCAUCAACCAGACGUGGACCGCACUGUACAGCCGGGUGGGGACCUCAACCAUUACCUGCGCGAUCUCCGGUCCAGCGCUAGUUCCCGUCACCACAGCGAUGGCAGCACAUACCUGCCGAAGAGUCGAGAGUCACAGGAACUGCAGGCGCUACUGCGCGGCCUUGACAACAAUGGGUGGCCCAUGUCCUACCCGUCCUCUCAGGACGGUCACAGCACCGGGCAGUUCACGCGGCCCGUAUCCCGCGUCUCGUCAAGGGUCACCUCCCCCGGCCCACCUUCAACACCUCGAUCGGCAUUCCAAGUCUUAUCAGCCAAGAAAGUUGCAGCGUCUGUGAGAGCUGGCGGCUACUUGGGAAGACCUGGAUCACAAGUUUCAGUCAAUGACCUUGAGAACAGGGACUCCAGUGGGUCUCCUUCGCAUAUCACCUCGGCCACCAUUGUACGUCGACAGUGGACUCCAGAAAACUCCACAGACUCAGCUCUCUUAGACGCACGAACUAGCUUUUUUUAUGGCCCGGAAGAGAAUGGUGAUUCAGAUGAAAAUAAGAGGGCGAGGGAACUUUCUUUUUAUUCUGGACUAUAUCCAGGUAGUUUAGCACAGUCUGAUAAAGGUGAAGGUUGCACAAGUUCAGAAGGUCAGAGUGAGGUAAAAGGUGAUUCAGAGUCUGUGGAUAAAAAUAGGGGUCCGUGUAAAGAGGUCAAGGGUGUUUUUAAGGGUGCAAGGGAUUCACCUGGGAAGGGACAGGGCAAUGGAGGUCAAAGGAUGUUUCAAAUCACAGAGGAGCCCAUAGGAACUGUUAGUGAAGAAAAGAAUGUUGUGGAAGGUCAUACUACAUCAAGUGCUGGUAAGUCAAGGUCUCAAAGUGCAGCAGAAUCAACAUCAGACACACACAGACGUGGCAGGGAAUCAGAGUCUGUUGUUUCUGCCACAGAAGAAUUUAUUUCUGGUGUCAUUAAUGUAGAAAUUGACGAAAAACGACGUUUAUCUAGGAAAUCCUUGCAUUCCAGGCCAACUACUGGAAGAUCUUCCACUGGAAUCUCCCCCUCCAGGCCAACUACUGGAAGAUCUUCCACUGGAAUCUCACCCUCAAAAGACUCCCCGAGUAAUGCUCACAGCGGAAAUGGAGCAACCGUGAUUUCUUUACAAGAGAGAAACAUUCCUACCAAACAGACAACAAGCUGGAAACCAUUUACAGCUACUGCUUAUACAAGAAAGUCUGUCUCCUAUGACUUAAAUAAGUUAAAGCAUAAGAACUUGCUUAAUCGAAGACAGUCUGCUCCUGGAAAUGUUAUAACCAGGCAUUAUAGCAACCAACUAAAGAUAUCAGACAAUGUUCCAGCGGUAAACCUGUAUUCUCCACACUUUGCCUGGCAGGUGGAAGAAUCGUCCCCUGAUGUACCUGAUACUUCUUUUGCUCAUGAAUAUGAAUACAAUGAACAUCAUAGCCUAGGUGCAAAAUCCAAUGAUGUAACAGGUGCAAGUCAUCGUAUAGUUAACAGUCCUGAAGACUUUCUUGAAGGCACAAAGGCUAAUUCUAAUGAAUCAGGGUUUGAUGAUAGUGGACUGGAUAACAGAGAUGAUUUCAAUGAUGAAGUGAUAGCAGAGGAGGAGAUUCUUAAUGAUAUCCGUAAAUGUAAUGAAGAGAUCCAGAAGAUAGAAGCUCUAGGAAAUGCAGAAAAAGAGGAAGAGGAAUAUGUGAGAGAUGAACCUGAGUCUGAUUCAGAGUCAUCAAUGGAUGAAGAGACCAUCAGAGUUGUGUUAGGAGUCCCAGAUGCUGACAUUAGUGAACAGUCUGCAGGACACUUUGAGGAAAUUUCUGAUAAAACAGAAGAUGUAAAUGAAGUCAUGGAGGGCAAUGGCCAUGAUACAGAUGUAACUGAUGUUGUAAAGUAUGCUACUAAUGAGAUGGAGAAGGUAGAGGAGAAAGAGCAACCAGAGGGUGAAGUCGAUGAGGAACGACUCUCGGAAAUAAAGUCGUAUAGGUCCAGUAAGAAAGGUAAAUCUGUGAAGAAAUCCAAAUCUGGGGUAUCUGACAAUGGUGAUAUUGCAGAAGAUGAUUCGUCAUCUGGGGAGUUCAAGCUGCCUCCGUUGGCGUCAGACAGGUGGUUGGAGGAGAAAGAUGACAUUAUCGAAGUCCAGGCAGCGUUACUGGAGAACGAAACCACAUUUAGCGGGGACACUGAUUCUUACUCGGAUAUGCUUGCUUCCAACAAGCAGUCAGUAUCAGGCCAAUCCUCAAGACAAGGUUCAGCCAUUUCCAGACCUCAGUCAUCAAAAUCCAGAUCGUCUGCUCUGUCCAAUUUCCAAGAUUAUGUAGAACAGAGUGCGGCAUAUGUGACAGUAAAUCCUUCUUCAUCUGGAUCCAGACCAUCUCCAGCAAAGUCUCAUGUUAAAUCUUUAGUACAAACUUCAGACAUUGCACAAGAUACAAGAGUAUCAUCUCCCAAUUCUAGACCUUCUUCCAAGUCUGUUCUAGGUGUUGUAAUCUCUAGACCCGGAUCAGGUAAUUCUAGGAUCUCUAGUGCAAGGUCAUCUCCGAUAAUGUUGAAAGAAGAACAGUCUGCAACUGGUAACACUCAAGAUGAUGUAAGGGAACAUAGAACCAACAGUGCUGAAUCUAGUGUUCAUGAUGAACAGUCUGCGACUGUUAACACUCUAGAUGAUGUAAGGGAACAUAGAACCAACAGUGCUGAAUCUAGUGUUCAUGAUGAACAGUCUGCGACUGGUAACACUCUAGAUGAUGUAAGGGAACAUAGAACCAACAGUGCUGAAGUUAAUGCUGACACUGAAAAUCAACUUCCAGAAGGUGCAAAUGCUGUUGACAAUAAAAGUGCAAUAGAGGCCAGUGAUAAAUAUCCAGAGACGGUACAACAAAGUAAUUCUAAUUUAGAUAAAAAGUUGGUAGGUAGUAAGUCAGACUUUAUUAAAAAUGAGGCAUCUUAUAUGAAAACAGCAGCAAAUUUGUCCGCAAACCAAGUUAAUAAAACAACAGGAAAACCAUUGUAUCAGCCAAGAAUAUCCAAAGAUUUACCUUCUAAGCAACCAGUUUCAAAAUCCAAAAAUGCAUCAAAAAUAAAAACAGUUGGAAGAGAUAAACUUGCAGUAAAUAGUCAAAUGAGAAAUACAACUGAUAAAAGUGCUUCCUUGCAAGAAGCUGGUGAUAGUGUUGGUGGAGGUUACACUGCAUCUGGUGAUGGUUACACUUCAUCUGGUAGUGUUGGCAUGGCUGCUGUAGAUGAGAUGCAAGUUACAGAUGCACACGCCAUAGUUGCUGAAUUGGACGCUCUGGGACUUAGAGUGAAGACCGAUGACAAGUCCAAGAAAGGCUUGACGUUUCCGUUGGCGACAGGUAAACGACCCAAAGCGCCUGUGGAGAAGACAAAGAUUCCUGACCAUAUUGCUGAGGCUUUGAAACGGCAGCCAAUGGAAUCUUUAAAUAGACUGGAGAAAGACUUGGAGAGAAAGGGAUUUCUAAAGAAUGGCACAGUGACUGACCUAGUGACUGAGACCUUGUCAGGGCCGACAUUGGAAGCCAUCGGGGAGGGACUCACAGAAGAGGAGUUUGAACUGGCCAAGGCCUUGCUCAUGAAAAAACUUGAUGAGGCCAAAGGAAAAUUGGACAACAAAGAUUCCUCUAAAUCAGGCAAGAAAAAGACGACGACUAAGGGGAAAGGUGGGAAGAAAGGCAAAAAGAAGAGUUCCUCACUGGAGGAGAAGUCAGAUGAAGAUCUUGAAAGGGAGGCAAUCAGGGCCAAACAUGAGGAGGAGAAAAAGAAGCGUGAUGAGGAGGCUGCAGAACUUCAGAGACAGAUUGCAGAGAAACGGAAACUGUUACAGGGGCAGACUGACCUUACAUCAGCGCAGUCUAGGGAGUUACAAGAGAAGAUGGCUGAGUUGGAGCGGCAGGCGGAGGAUCUGAUGAGAGCUGAGGAGGACGCCCGGUCCAUGCUGGCAGAACAGAGACGUAAACAGAGGGAGGAACGGGAGGCCAGACGCAAGGCAGACCUAGAGCGCAAGCGUCAGGAGGCGCAGGAACGGCGCGAGCGUGAGAAGCGCGAGUUGGAGGAAAGGAAGAAGCGGGAAGAGGAAAUGAUACAGAAGAUGGAGGACAUUGAGAUGAGGAGGAGAAUGAGAGAGGAGGAGGAACGCAGGGCAGAUGAGGAAGAGAGGCUUGCACAGGAGAGAUAUGAGUUGGAGAUGGCUGCGGCUGCGAGGUUGGAGGAGGAGGAAGAGGAGCGUAUCAGGGAGAUGGAGAGGCAGGCUGAGGAGGAGGCGAUGGUGAGGCUGAUUGAGGAGAGAGAGGAGGCAGAGAGGCAAAGGAGGAGGCUGAGGGAGGAGGAAGAACUGCUCAGGGAGGAGGAGGAGAGGAAGAAAUCAGAAUUUCUGGCUGAGCAGGCAAGGUUGGAAAUGGAGCGUCAGAAGAUCCUGGAGGCAGAAAACGCAAAACGAGAGCUGGAGAAACAGCGACUCCUUGAGUUACGUCGACUGGAGGAAGAGGCUCGACAGAGAAUGUUAGACGAGAUUGAGGCUCGGCGCACGAACGCCAUCGCACGCCGGGACUACAACAUCGAGAACCGCAAUAACAUGGACAAACUGAAAUACAACCAGGAGCUUACAAGGGCGUGGACCUUCUCAUACUUCGUACACUGGCCCCGGGAAACAUACGAGAGCCCUCACAGGCCCAAAUUGCGCCGAGAUCGUAUGAAGACCAAUCGGCGAUCCCGAUCCGAGAAAAGUCGUGAAGAUCAAAAACCCAGCGCCUAAGAAAGUUGUGGACCCAGCUGUGGCAGAGGGGAGUAAGGAUGAGAAGGUUGUACCUCCUAACCCUACAUAGGAGGCCGACACCCUCAACAGUGGUUUCCAGUGAACUCUUCUGUCCAUUUGUACCUCUUAACCCCCCCAAAAGUGGGUGGCUCUAAGAAUUGUAUAAAAAUUGUACAGAAAUGGUUACUAACAGUAGUGUUAGUUACAAAAAAUCUUUAUUUUGAAAUUAAAUUUUGAUGCUAUGACAAAUGUUUGCUUUUGAAAAUGUCUUGUGACCUUAAAUCUCUAAAUAUUUUAAAUUGAAAAGCUGUGAUUUAAAUUUGGUGUGCCCUUUCUCUCACUGGGCAUUUUGUAUUUGAGUGUCAACUGGUUAUACAUGCAACUUGUUUAUUUAGUGUUAUUUUUUCUAUGGAAUAUUGUAUUAUGCUAAUUUAAUGUAAUUUAUUAAAAAAUAUUUGUAUUUGUCACUGCAAUUAUUUUAAUUUUGCAAUAUUUCACAAUUUACAUUUGUUUUCGAUGGGUUCAUGCAAUGGUCAAACUGGCAAUGUUGUGAUGCAAUAUAUUGACAAGAUUUUAUGAAACAUCCUGUGCAUGUGUUUUAUUUGUCCAAGUAAGUGGGAUCUUAAUAAUCUUAACCAGUAAAAAGUCUUAGUUUUUAACUUUUAAACAAAUUCAUGUUAAAUUAUUGCAUUGUUGCAUACAAUUUGUAUACAUCCGAAGGGAGGCAAAUAGUUCUUGAUGUCUUUUGAUGUUGUACUAUAAGGGUAUGACUAGUGAAUGUAUAUACCGGUACAUAUUGACACACAUUUUGACUUUAAUAUAAAUAGAUAUUUUAUUUAUGGGCUGCACUCUGUGGAAAGGGGGUUUAAUGUAUGUGCGUAAAGUGCAGAGAGAAAAGUGUCGUCCCAGAUUGGCAUGUGCACAGGCUAAUCAGGAACGACACUUUCCGCUAAAAUUGGAUUUUUACUAAGAAGAUACUGUGGAAAGUGUCAUCCCUGAGUAGCCUGUGCAGACUGCACAGGCUAAUUUGGAACAACACUUUACGCACAUGCAUAAAACCAUCUUUUCUCAAAGCACUACUCAUAUAUAAUUGAGUUCAAGAAUGAUGCAUGAUUAAGACAUUUAUAUGAUAUAUAUAUUUAUAUAAACUGACUGUGAUACAAACUGGGUAUUUACAAUAUUGUCUUCAGGUUCACAUGACAACACGGUGUUGUUUGUCAAGCUAUAAGCACUGCAGCUAUUUCUUGGAUGCUAGUAAACCUUGAUUCUGCUUACAACUCAAAACAGAUAUUUAUUUUAUUCAACUCAUCUGCAAAUCUUUGAAUAAUAACAGACAUAUAUCUUCAAUGGUAUAACCCAGUCACUUGGUGGGAAAACAGGGCUUAAUGCAUCCCAGAGUAGCCUGUGUAAUCUUGACAGACUAAUCAGGGACAACAUUUUCCAUCUAGACUGGAUGACAGACUAAUCAGGGACAACAUUUUCCAUCUAGACUGGAUGACAGACUAAUCAGGGACAACAUUUUCCAUCUAGACUGGAUGACAGACUAAUCAGGGACAACAUUUUCCAUCUAGACUCGAGUUUUUAAUCUUGACAGACUAAUCAGGGACAACAUUUUCCAUCUAGACUGGAUGACAGACUAAUCAGGGACAACAUUUUCCAUCUAGACUGGAUGACAGACUAAUCAGGGACAACAUUUUCCAUCUAGACUGGAUGACAGACUAAUCAGGGACAACAUUUUCCAUCUAGACUCGAGUUUUUAAUCUUGACAGACUAAUCAGGGACAACAUUUUCCAUCUAGACUGGAGUUUUUUGUCAGCAAAAAAAACUUCUGUACACAAAAAAAUGCAUAAAAGCGGAAAGUGUUAUUUGCACACUCAUGAACAAAGCCAGCUGUCCAACGGUGCGGCUAAAAUCGUUUUCACAGACAAGUUGAUACUGAUCUGCAACAGUUACUGCACACCUUGUGUCACAGAACUAUAUCAAUGAACUGUUGUAUUUUAUAAAAUGUUGAUACUCAUAGCAACCAUUGUUUUAACAGUGCCGUUUUGUUUUUGCUCAGAUGUUGUUACGGUGAAAUAUUGAAAAGACAAUAACUGUAUUGUCAGCCAUGACAAAUUGCUUGUAGACACUAAUGGAUACAUUCAUUUAUUUUGUGAAUGAUACUCUUCUAUUGUGUAUCUUGUGAAAUAUAUUGCUUGAUUCUUUUUUAAAUAUAUAUUUAUCCAUAUAUUUCUAUAUAAAGAACAAAUACAUUUUUGUAAUGAAA